CAAACUGUACAAGGGCGUUUACAGCGGAAGAUAAAGAAUAGAGGGACGUUUAUAAAAGGCGCGUUUGUGGAACCAUUCAUUCUGAAGGAAAUAAAUCUUCAAUUUCUGAACUUUUAAAGACCUCUUCUGACAACGAAUAUAUCCUGCAUCCUUCCCUUCCGCGUUGAAGCUUUCAGAAACAGUAACGUUACAUGAUCACUUCCUUUGGAGUCGUUCGAUCAUCUGUGAACGCGCUGAUCAGUUUUUGAUUUCGUUAUAUCAUGAAAAUGGAAUGUAAACUCUUUCCAUUUCUAGACCAGAAGCCAGAGACAUCCUCCCCAAAAUAACUCCUGUGCUUCAUGAGAGCACCGUUGGAUAACCAAUCAAAUCAAAACCAAACACAAACCAAAUAGAAAUUCAUCUGACAGAUGGUGGAUGCUUCCGUUUCCUUCUAGAAAGACAGCAAACCAAAGGAAUAAGAAAUUUUUAUUUUGCUUGCAUUUUUGCCCAAAUAAGCCAAAAUUAUUUCAGACAAUUGCAUUUUGAACUGUUAUAGUAGCUCAAACAUGUUAAAAACGGGACCAGUGAUGGAGGCAGUGGAUAUUGCAGUGGUUGCACUUUAUUUUGUCCUUGUGCUUGCAAUUGGUCUCCUCUCCAUGUGGAAGGCCAAUCGUAGCACUGUCACCGGCUACUUCCUGGCAGGUCGAACUAUGAAUUGGGUGGUGAUCGGUGCCUCACUGUUUGUCAGCAACAUCGGCAGUGAGCAUUUCAUUGGACUUGCUGGUUCUGGUGCAGCCAGUGGUUUUGCAGUGGGUGCCUGGGAGUUCAAUGCCCUUCUGCUUCUGCAGCUGCUCGGUUGGGAGUUCGUCCCAGUUUACAUCUACUCUGGAGUUUACACCAUGCCAGAGUACCUCUCCAAGCGGUAUGGAGGCAAGCGGCUAAAGGUUUACUUCGCAGCCCUCUCACUUCUACUGUACAUCUUUACUAAACUCUCAGUGGACUUGUACGCAGGAGCUCUUUUCAUCCAGGAGUCUCUUGGCUGGAACCUCUACCUGUCGAUCAUCUUGCUUAUCUCCAUGACCGCCUUGCUGACAGUAACCGGUGGACUGGCGGCUGUGAUCUACACAGACACUUUGCAGGCUGUGCUCAUGAUUGGCGGUGCGUUAACCCUUACCAUCAUCAGUCUGGUCAAAAUAGGCGGCUUGGAAGGAGUGCGGGAAAAAUACAUGGAGGCGAUCCCCAAUGUCACAGCCAUCCUUGCUAACAACAACUUCAGCUUUCAGUACACAAACUCCUGCAGAAUUCAUCCCAAGCCAGAUUCCCUCAAGCUCCUACGAGGGCCGCUUGAUGAAGACAUCCCUUGGCCAGGCUUCCUUUUGGGUCAAACACCCUCAUCCAUUUGGUACUGGUGUGCUGACCAGGUCAUUGUCCAGAGAGUGUUGGCUGCCAAGAAUAUUGCCCAUGCUAAAGGCGCCACACUUAUGGCGGGAAUGCUUAAAAUCCUUCCUAUGUUCAUCAUUGUUAUACCAGGAAUGAUCUCCCGAAUAUUGUUCCCUGAUGAGCUAGCAUGCAUCGGACCAGAGCACUGCAUGGCUGUGUGUGGCAGUCAGGCUGGCUGUUCCAACAUCGCCUACCCUCGGCUGGUCAUGAGCGUGAUGCCGGUGGGUCUCCGAGGGUUGAUGAUGGCUGUGAUGAUCGCUGCCCUCAUGAGUGACCUGGACUCGAUUUUUAACAGCGCUAGCACAAUCUUCACAUUAGACAUUUAUAAAAUGCUGCGUGGAUGUGCCUCCUCCUUUGAGCUAGUGGUCGUCGGCAGGUUGUUUGUGAUAAUCAUGGUGACUAUCAGCAUCGCUUGGGUGCCUGCCAUUAUUGAGAUGCAAGGUGGCCAGAUGUACUUGUACAUUCAGGAAAUGGCAGGAUACCUCACACCUCCCAUUGCUGCCCUCUUUCUGCUUGGAGUCUUCUGGAAACGUUGCAAUGAGACCGGCGCAUUUUGGGGCAGCAUGACUGGGUUCGUACUGGGCACCACCCGCCUCUUCCUUGGGUUCAUAUAUCGUGAGCCAAAAUGUGACCAGCCGGAUGAACGCCCAGCUUUCAUCACACAUGUCCACUACAUGUACAUUGCUGCCGGGCUGUUUUGGAUCUCUGGGCUGGUGGCUGUGUGUGUCAGUCUGUGCACAUCACCCCCAGAAGAGGAGAGGAUCAAGCGGACCACAAUCUGGGGCUUGAAAAAACUUAAACGCCUUCCUAUGACAGAACGAGAAGAGAUGUACAAACUCACUAAUGGCAGUGGCGACAGUGUUCUCAAGAAAGAUGUUCCUGAAGACAUCCAGAAGGAGAGAUGUCUUGAUGGGGCUGACAUGAAACUCCUUAUGCCCUCCUCUUGUGACCAAGAUCCCAUGACCCCCAGCUCUGAGGCAUCCACACCGAUGGAUCUUAUUGCCAAUGGUCAUGCAAAUCUUGUAAAACAGAAGAAUCAAGGCAAGUGUGAUGAAAAGAGCUGCCUUCGGCGGUUUGAUUGGAUUUGUUGUCACAAAGAGAAAACGUCUGUUAUCGAACCCAAAGUCACCGAGGGAGAUGAAAGAGCUGUACGUGAAAUGCUUUAUGAACCUCCUAAGAUCAAGAUCUUACUUAACGUAGGCCUGGUAUUCGUCUGUUCACUGGGUGUUUUCAUGUUUGUGUACUUCUCCAUGUAAUAUGGUGAUCUUGCAUUACCUUAAGGCCUG